CCUACUCAAUACAAACAAUUAAAAAAAUCUUGAAAAACCCAAACUAUUGUUCUAUUGUUUUUUGCAAUUUCUGUGAAAUUCGAAAUGUCGGCAUCUGUGGAGAGUAUUGUUACGGGUGCAGCAGCCGCCGCUUCCCUAGAUAAAUAUGGGGAGGAGGACUUGUUCAGUAUACUGAUACGGUAUGGACUCUAUGUGGGAGCCAUAUUCCAGUUCGUAUGCAUUUCGGCCGCUGUGCUGAUGGCCGGCGAGGAGACGGUGGAGACCAAUGAAGCGGAGAGGGAGAGUGAGCCGGUGAGGGCACGCCUACACAAGAUCCGCAAGCUGGAGAAGAAAAAGCGGCGCUAGGUCAGGAAUCGCAUAUCUCAUAGUACAUAUUCUAUGUAGCCCUAGUUAGCGUAACUAAAUCUAUUCUAAGUAUAAACUAAAAUAAACGUCAUUUCUGUGAAAUGUGUAGCUGCCCAGCCCUUGAUCGAUCUGCCGCCCUGGCAACUCUGCACAUGACUCAGGGCGGGGCGGGGAAAAGAAAUCACUAACACCCCCACCCCACCCAUUGCCCAACAAGCCUGGCGAAGAAUAUGACUAAUUGUAUUUCUCUUUUAGUUUUGGCUCUUUAAUUUUGGGAAUAAUAUAAAUUAUAAUAAUCGUAUAUUUAUUAUGUUGCUCGCAA